CCUGCACUCCAUACACCAGUUUCCGAUGCACGCUACAGCUAAUAAGGCUCACAAGUGAAAGAUAUCGGGUCACAUCAGGUGCUUAGGAACGGCAACAUGAAGCUGUUCGCUCUCGCCGUGCUUGUGGCUGCCGCCGCCGUCAGCGGAGACCGCUGUGGCGGCCACAGCUACGGCUACGGCUACGGCCACGGCCGUCACCGAGGCUACGGCGACGACUACGGCUACGGCUACAACAGCCACGGUGGCGGCUACGGCAGCCACGGCGGCGGCUAUGACAGCUACGGCAGCGGCUACGGAAACCACGGCAGUGGCUACGAGAGAUACGGCAGUACCCACGGCAUGCGCAGCUACGGCCGCGGAUACGACAGCUACGGCGACGACUAUGGCUACGACUACGACCACGAUGGCGGCUAUGACAACUACGGCAGCGGCUACGGCAGCCACGGCGGCGGCUAUGGUAGCCACAGGAACGGCUACCGAAGCCAUAAGGGCGGUUACGGCAGCUACGGCAGCGGCUACGGAAACCACGGCAGUGGCUACGAGAGAUACGGCAGUACCCACGGCAUGCGCAGCUACGGCCGCGGAUACGACAGCUACGGCGACGACUAUGGCUACGACUACGACCACGAUGGCGGCUAUGACAACUACGGCAGCGGCUACGGCAGCCACGGCGGCGGCUAUGGUAGCCACAGGAACGGCUACCGAAGUCAUAAGGGCGGUUACGGCAGCCACGGCAGCGGCUACGGAAACCACGGCAGUGGCUAUGAGAGAUACGGUGGUAGCCACGGCAUGGGCAGCUACGGCCGCGGGUACGACAGCUACGGCGACGACUAUGGCUACGACUACGACCACGAUGGCGGCUAUGACAACUACGGUAGCGGCUACGGCAGCCACGGCAAGGGCUACGGCAGCCACGGUAGCGGCUACAGAUACCACGGCAGCGGCUACAGAAAGCAUGGCAGCGACUACGGAUACCACGGCAGCGGCUACAAAAAGCAUGACAGUGACUACGGAUACUACGGCAGCGGCUACAGAAAGCAUGGCAGUGGCUACGGAUACCACGGUAGCGGCUACAGAAAGCAUGACAGUGGCUACGGAUACCACGGUAACGGCUACGGAAAGCAUGACAGCGGCUACGGAUACCACGGCAGCGGCUACAGAAAGCACGGCAGCGGCUACGGCGGUAGCUAUGGUGGCAGCAUGUACGACACCCGUUAUGGCGGUAGGCAUGGCAUCGGCGGCGGCAGCUACGGCAGCCAUCGCGGCGGCUACGGCAGACGCGACGGCGUCUACUACCUCAACGACUACGGCAGGGAGUAUGGCAACAAUCACUACUACAGUGGCUAAGGCUACGGCUGCGAUGGCGGCUGCGGCGGCGGCUACAGUGACGGCUAUGGCUACGGCUAUCAUCACCAGUCGUAAGGAAGUGGACGCUAAUGGUGUUGUUUUUCCGUUGGUCCAGCAGUUUUGCUCCAGAAAUGAGAUGAGAAUAAAAAGCCCAAUAACCGGCGUGUGCAUUCUGUCCCACCAUGUCCCGUUUCUCAAAAUAACGUACAUUGCGUGUCUCGAGUGGUGAAUGAGAAUGGCAUAAGCGAGCUCAGAAAUGUUACCAGCAAACAGUUGAAGGACGCUGCUACCUGAGUCAAUCACAGACUAGUGCACCUAGUUUACUAGUUUACUUUCUAGUUUACUGGUUUACUCGCUAGUUUAC